CAGUGAGGAUGAAAAGAUAAUCGUCAAAGGCCCUGCGACCUCUUCCCUCGCUUCCCCUAGAACCUUGGAUAAAUCCCAUCAGGCCCGUGGGACUUAUCUGUCUUCAAGUUCCUCAAAAUUCCUAGUACAUCUUCCUUACUAACAUCGACCUCCUCUAGCCUACCAGCCUGUUUCACACUGUCCUCCUGUACAACUAGUUCCCUCUCAGUUGUGAAUACUGAAGCAAAGUGUUCAUUUAGGACGUCUCCUAUCUCUUUAGGCUCUGUGCAUAAAUUCCCUUUACAAUCUUUGAUCGGCCCUACUCUUUCUCUGGUCAUUUUCUUAUUCCUCACAUACAUGUAAAAAGCCUUAGAGUUUUCCUUGAUCCAUAAGAGUUUUCUUAUGUCCCCUUAUAGCCCUCCUAAGCCCUUUCUUCAGCACCAUCCUGGAUAACUUGUAUCCCUCUACAGCCUUUUCCAAUCCUUGUUUCCUAAACCUUAUAUAAGGAUCCUUCUUCCUCUUAACUAGUCGUUCGACCUCUCUCUCGAGAACCAAGGCUCCCUCACUCGACCACAUCUUCCCUGCCUGUUAGUGACAAACGUAUCGAGCACAUGCAGUAUGCAUUCCUUAAACAACCUCCACAUUUCAAUAGUGCACUUCACUGACAGCAUCUGUUCCCAUUUUAUGUUACCCAGCUCUUGCCUAACAAUUGUAAUUACCCUUCCCCCAGUUACAAAUCUUACCCUGCUUUCUGUACCUAUCCUUUUCCAUGACUAUUAUAAAAAUAACAGAGAUGUUUGCUACUGCCAAAAUGCUCUCCUACCAACAGGUCUAACACUUGGCCCGGUUCAUUACCAAGCACCAAAUCCAAAGUGGCCUCUCCUCAUGUUGGUCUAUCUAGGUAAUGUGUCAGAAAUCCUUCCUGAUCUCACUGGACAAAAUCUGCUCCAUCUAAACUAUUACAACUAAAACGUUUCCAAUCAAUAUUUGGAAAGUUGAAGUCACCCGUGAUUACAGCCCUGUGACUUCUGCACCUUUCCAGUAUCUGCCUCCCAAUCUGCUCCACUUCUCUGCAACUAUUAGGGGGUCUGUAAAAAAAAAACAUUGAAGUGACUGCUCCUUUCUGGUUCCUGACCUCAACCUAAACUGACUCUGUAGACAUAUCAUUCUUGAACUGCCUUUCAGUAGCUGCUAUACUAGCCCUGACUAGCAAUGCCACUCCCCCACCUCUUUUUCCACUUUCCUUAUUUCUUUUAAAGCAUCUAAAUCCUGGAACUUCCAAUAGCCAUUCCUGUCCCUGAGUUAUCCAAGUUUUUGUAAUGGCCACAACAUUGUAGUUCCAAGUACUGGCUCAUGCUGUAAGUUCAUCCGCCUUAUUUCUGAUACUUAUAGCGUUGAAGUGUACAUAUCUCAAACCAUCCCUGUGUCCACAGUUACGCUCCAUUGAUCACAUGUAUUAACAACCUCACUCCCUGUUGUGUCUGUUGAAAGAAUGAGUACCUCAUCCUCUGAAUUACAAAUCCAGUUCCCCACUCCCUGCCAAUUUAGUUUAAACCAUCCCAUAUAGCUCAAGUAAACCUCUCUCUCAGGAUAUUUGUAGCCUUCUGGAUCAGGUGCAACCUGUCCCUACUGUACAGGUCCCACCUCCCCCGGAAUGUGCUCCAAUUAUCCACAUAAUGGAAGCUCUCCCUCCUACACCAGCCCUGUAGCCACGUGUUUAGCUGCGCACUCUCCCUAUUUUUUACCUCGUUAUCACGUGGCAGUGAUCCAGAGAUAACUACACUGUUUGUCCUGGACUUCAGCUUCCAACCUAACUUCCUGAGCUUGUUUUUCACAUUCUGAGCCCUUUUUCUACCUAUGUCGUUGGUACCGAUAUGUACCAUGACUGCUGGUUGCUCACCCUCCCCCGUAAGGAUCUCGAAGACACAGUCCGAGUCAUCAUGCACCCUGAUACCCAGGAGGCAACGUACCAUCCGUUUAUCUCGUUUGCAUCCACAGAACCACUGUCUGUGUGUCUUACUAUUGAAUCUCUCACUACAAUUACUCUCCUUUUCUCCCCCCUUCCCUUCUGUGCCACAGGGCCAGGCUCAGUGCCAAACACCUGUCUGCUAUGGCCUUCCCCUGAUAGGUCUCCCCCAUCCCCCCAACAGUAUCCAAAACAGUAUACUUAUUAUUGAGGGGAACAGCCACAGGGGAUUCCUGUUCUGUCUGCCUAUUCCCUUUCCCCUACCUGACAGUCACACAGCUACCUUUUUCCUGUACCUUGGGUGUGACCACCUCCUUUUAACUCCUCUCUAUCACCCCCUCAGCCUCCCGAAUGAUCUGGAUUUCAUCCAGCUCCAGCUCCAGUUCCCUAACGUAGUUUGUGAGCAGCUGGAGUUGAGCGCACGCCUCGCAGAUGAAGUCAGAGGGGAUACCAGCAGUGACCCUUAUCUCGCACAUCCUGCAAGAGGAGCAUGCAACCUCCCUAGCUUCCAUUUCCUCUACUCUGGAUUUCCAGGAGAAUAAGAAAAAUUAAAAAAUAAGGCCUUACUUUACCGACCCUCCACACAGCCUUUUCUUUUUGGUUAGAGGAGGAAGAUGGGUGGGAGACAGUACGUGUAGUGUUUUGGGUUUAGUCAAUGCUCGAAUAUAUUAGUUCCUUCCUGGCUCGUGUUCUCUCCACACAGCCGCUGCUGAAAACAAGAAGGCCGCUGCUGCACGAGGCAACAAGUCAACAAAGCUGGCCAUGUCCAUAAGAAAUCUAUUGAGGACCUGUAUUCUCUUCUGAGUGUCUUGAAAAAAAACCCCAACCAGAACUGUAUACCUAUGAAAAAUCGAGAUGAUAGCGUACCUCUAUCUUUGGAGAAAGGAAGCAUUCAAACAGUACCCAUUGGAUACAUCGAAUCCUGCUUCAUGGCGAAAAAUGGCACCCCUCGGCAACCGACUAUAUGUAGUUUGUCUCGGGCACGACUUAAAAUUAGCAAGACAAUUUUUAACAAUCCGGAACACUCGCUCAUGGGCCUGGAUCAGUUUUCACAUGUCUGGAUUAUCUUUGUUUUCCACAAAAAUGGACAUCAGAGUUUUAAAGCUAAAGUCAAACCACCUAGACUGAAUGGAUUAAAGACUGGAGUCUUUUCUACAAGAAGUCCUCAUCGUCCCAAUGCAAUAGGUUUAACACUGGCAAAGCUGGAUAGGAUUGAAGGUGACACCGUUUAUCUUUCGGGAAUUGACAUGAUACAAGGAACACCAGUACUGGACAUUAAACCAUAUAUUCCAGAAUAUGAUGCACCUCGAGGUGCUCCACCAAGAAACAAUGGUCAAUUGCAUCAAGAGAUUCUUAUGCCAAAUGAAGAGUGUCAAGACACAACCAUUCCAAUCACUGGGGUGGUGACUACACAGUCAGAGAAUAAGAAACCAGGCCAUGGUAAGGUAGCUUCAGGGACUGCAGAUGCAUUUUAUAAUGGCUGGGUGCAACCUGCUCCGAGAGAUGCGUCAUACCCAGUCAGAAAGAUGGAUGAUAAUCUUACUGGAGAAGACCGGUACCCUGUACAAGCAGGAGCUACAGUUUCAACCUGCACUAUGGAUGAAUCUACAGAUAAACAGCAGUGUUGCAUCCCUGAGCUAAAAGCUGAGAAAUUUGAUGUACUUGCUGGAAAGGAGGAUGCUUCUUAUGAAAAUAUACUCUUGGCUGUGGAGAAAAUCAAAUGUCAACUUGUCCACAAUGAUGCUUUGAACAAAAUAAUUGCACGAGAUAAAGUUUUUUGCUUAGAUUCUGAACAGUUAAGUGCUGCCAUGGUCUGUCAGAAUAAACAGCAAAACGAUGAAGAUGCUAUUAACAUACCUGGGAACCAGUUGUCUAACAGUACGGUUGCAACUUGGAUAAAACAAUCACCUGUACCAUCCUUACAGGUUCGAUUCACUCCUCAUGCAGAAUUGGACCUGGAGCAGUUUCAGGCUCCAGGUGGGGCAGAUCCAAACAAAGUGUCACUGAAAUAUUUCCAGUCUGUGAAGGAAGCAAAGUCUGCCAUUGAGGCUGUGCUAGCAGCUGAUCCAAGAUCCGUAUAUCGCAGAAAACAGUGCCAGGACACAUUGUUUUACUUCACUGUAGACGUUGCCCACAUCACGACUUGGUUUGGAGAUGACUUUGCUGAAAUUUUAAGGAUAAAACCAGUGAAACAGAAUGCAUAAAUUAGAACUGUUGGACUAGAAAUUCCUAAUCAAGAUUGUUAACAUUGCAUUUUCCAUAAAAUUAAAAACCAAUGUUAACAAUCUUCAUUCAGCCCUGUAUAGGAGUGGAGUUUUGCAUUAUGUACACUUCCUUUCAACUUAUUCCACUUUCAUUUGACACCACAUUUGCUGAGAUCACAUUUGGAGUAUUGUAUUCAGCUCUGGGUACCUUAUUUAAGGAUGUUAACGCCAUGGAGAGAGUGCAAAGGAAACUUAUGAGUGUGAUUCCAGAAAUGAGGGAUUUCAGAUGCAAGGAAAGAAUAGAAAAAGUAGGUUUCUUCUUCUGUGCUCCAGGGACAAUCAAAGGUAACCUUAUUGAGGUGUUCAAAAAUAUGAAUAAUUUUGACGGGGUAAAGAAGGAUAUUCUGUUUCCACAGUUUGGAAUGUCAGUAACUAGGGGUCACAACUGAAAGAUUGUCAGCAAGUAAGAUGAGAAAUUUCUUUACUUAGUUGCUAGGAUUUGGAAUGUACUACCUUGGAGCGUGGUGGAGGUAGAUUCCUAGGUUUCAGUAGAGACCUGGAUAUAUACUGGAAAGUGAUGAAUUUAGAGGGCUACAGCGGUAGUCCCAUUCUCCAGCCCUAACUGGAUUGUUCUACCAGGAAUAGGUACAGACAGCAUGGGCUGAAUGUUCCCCUUCUGCACUGUUAAAAUUCUGUGAUUCCACCGUCUCUCCAUGCUUAAGUUUAGAUAGGUAGUUUCUAACAUAUAUUAUCACAUAACGGUUGCCUUCAUUGUUGGUACCGUGUUGCGCCGAAGGCACAAGUUUUAAGAAACAUGUGAAAUGAAAGAAUAAAAAUAAAGACCAUGACAUCAAAAUGAAAA